AUGGCCAGGGCUGAGGCUGGCACUGGCACUGGACACGCUGUGGGCAGCACUGCCAUUCCUCAGAGGUGGACCCUUGACCCCGCCGGGGACUGGCACUACUGGUGGAUCAGCCUCAUGGUGCUGCCCAUCCUCUACAACUGGGUCGUCCUCAUCCUCAGGUGCUGCUUCCCCGAGGUGCAGGAGGCACAUGUGGGGCUGUGGCGGGGCCUGGACGGGCUCAGUGAUGCGCUGUACCUGCUGGACAUUGCCGUGCGCCUCCACACAGGUUUUCUGGAGGAUGGGAUCCUGGUGCAGGACAUCAGCCGGACGCGGCGGCGCUACCUGUGCUCCUGGUCCUUCCCCUGGGACGUGGCAGCUGUGCUGCCCACCGAGCUGCUCUGCCUGCUCCCAGGGGUCCCGGGGGUCCCAGGGGUGCCGGCAGCACGUGCCAACCGCUGCCUGCGGGCACCACGGCUCUUCGAGGCCUUCGACCAGUGUGAGACACGCACAGGGUGGCCCAACACCUUCCGCGUGGCCAAGCUGAUGAUGUACCUGGUGCUAGGCAUCCACUGGCACGGCUGCCUCUACUUUGCGCUAUCGGCGCGGCUGGGGCUGGGCACCGACCCCUGGGUUUGCCCUGCCUUCGCGCGCCCGCUGCGCCGAUACCUGCACAGCUUCUACUUCUCCACGCUGGUCCUGGCCAUGGUGGGUGACACGCCGGCGCCGCAGCGCGAGGAGGAGUUCCUCUUCACCAUUGCCGGUUUCCUGCUGGCUGUGCUGGGCUUCGCCACCAUCACCGGCAGCAUCAGCGCCGUCAUCGCCAACCUCAGCGCGGCCGACGCCACCUUCUACCCCGACACGGGGCCGGUGCGGCGGUACCUGUGGGCGCGGGGCGUGGGCGGGCAGCUGGCGAGGCGCGUGGCGCGCUGGCACCAGCACCUGCGCAUGCAGCGCAAGCUGCCAGUGGAGCGGGCGGUGCUGCAGCACCUGCCAAGGGGGCUGCGGGCCGAGGUGGCGGCCAGCGUGCACCUGCCGGCCCUGCGGCGCGUGGGGCUGUUCCAUGGCUGGGGGCACGAGGUGCUGCGCCAGCUGGUGCUGCGCCUGCGCCCGCAGGUCUUCGGCCCCGGCGAGUUCGUGUGCCGGCGCGGUGACGUGGGCCACGAGAUGUACUUCAUCCGCGAGGGCCGGCUGGCCGUGGUGGCCGAGGACGGCGUCACGCAGCUGGCCGUGCUGGGCGAGGGGCUCUACUUCGGGGAGAUCAGCCUCAUCAACAUCAAGGGGAACACGGCGGGGAACAGGCGCACGGCCAACAUCCUGAGCAUCGGCUACUCGGACCUGUUCUGCCUGGGCAAGGAGGACCUGGCCGAGGUGCUGGCUGAGUUCCCCCACGCCCGCACCGCCAUGGAGGCCAAGGGCCGGGAGCUACUGCUGGGCAUGGGUCGGCUGGACACAGGUGCUGAGGCAGCAGCAGCGGCAGCCGAGGCCGAGGCUGAGCGGCAGCUGCAGGGGCUGGAGGUGGCCCUGGAGGGGCUGCAGACACGGGCGGCUCGGCUGCUGGCACAGCUGGAGGCCAGUGCCCUGCGCAUGGCCCUGCGCAUCCAGCGCCUCGAGGGGCAGCUGCACCUGAGGACAGGGACCCCCCAGGACACGGAGUCCAACCGAGACGCAGGGUCCCCUCAGGGCCCGUGA